AGCUUCUCUAGCCCUUCAUUUAGCCACGUUGCUUGAUAUCAAGUAGUCACGUGUCAAUCUUUAAGAGCGUGUGAUAGUUUAAACGACCAGUCUCUUCGUCUUGAGCUCGGCGUUUUAGUUCCCGUAACAAGUUUGGUUGGCUGAAAAAAGGGGGAAGAUGACUAUCAUUGAUACCAGCAAAGACCUAUCCGCUCUUUUCCUCCACCAGGUCAAGGCCACACCCGAUGCCAUUGCUCUAGAAGAUGGGCCUACGGCGUUAACGUACGCUGAACUUGAUCGUAAGGUUGAGUCGCUCGCUACUCGUCUGCGUCAUGACGGUGUUGGUCGAGAUGCCCUUGUUGGUGUUUUACUCGGACGGAGCGCGGAUUAUGUCAUUUCUUGCCUUGCCGCACUUCGUGCUGGUGGAGCUUUCCUAGUCCUCGAGCUGGCGUAUCCCCCAAGUCUUCUAGCCGACGUAAUUGAAGAUGCUCGACCUGCUGUGGUCAUAACUCAUACAGCACAUGCUGGCAAGAUCAAGUCUGAGACCCCUUUAAUCAUCCUAGACGAUGAGGCUGCGAAUAAAGACGAAGUUGCUCUACUGAAUGGUUCAUCGAAGACGCUGCCCGAGUUACCCUCGGAAGAUGAUUUGGAAAAACUUGCCUUUGUUUCUUAUUCAUCCGGCACGACUGGAAAACCGAAAGGAAUUUCAAAUCCUCACAGAGCAGCUGUUCUAUCAUACGACCUGCGAUUUGGUAUAAAUGACCUCAAGCCAGGUGACCGUGUGGCCUGCAAUGUUUUCUUCGUCUGGGAAAUAUUGCGCCCCUUAUUACGGGGAGCAACGGUCGUUACUGUUCCGGAUGAGACGAGUUACGAUCCUGUUGCUCUUGUCGAGUUGCUCCGUUCGAAGAACAUCACGGAAACCCUCAUGACACCAACGUUACUGGCAACAGUACUUUCUCGACAUUCACAACUCGGGUCGCGCGUCCCAAAUUUGCGUACUGUCUGGUUGAAUGGUGAAGUUGUAACGACUGAUUUGGCUCGCCGCGGUCUAAAGGCACUUCCGAACGCACGAUUACUGAAUUGCUAUAGCGCAAGUGAAACUCACGAGAUUGCAUGCGGCGAUAUAAGGGAGAUGAUUAAUGAUGAAGAUCGUGUCGUUCCGGUAGGCCCUCCUUUGGACCUGGAGCAUACGUACAUCCUCGAUGAAGAGGGGAAAAGGGUUGAGAUAGGUGUUAGUGGCGAGCUAUUUGUUGGCGGGAAUCUCCUAGCACGUGGAUAUCUUAACCUUCCUGAAGCAACUGCGAAGGCCUUCAACGACGAUCCCUUUGAUUCAACCCCUGGCUCGCGAAUGUAUAGAACCGGAGACACAGCACGAAUACUUCCAUCAGGGCUCCUCGAAAUCACCGGUCGUGUAGGAGCGAUGAUCAAAAUCAGGGGUUAUAGCGUGCAACCACCGGCCGUCGAGAACGCAAUUAUAAAACAUCUUGCAGUCCGCAGCUGCGCUGUGGUCUCCCACGGCGACGGCCUUGACCGUCAACUUCUUGCUUACAUCGUCCCUGACGAUGAAGAGUCUACCGAUCGAAUGGCUGUGAAAAUCGACGAGGCAGGGUUUAGUCCGGUUGCGCGACGUGCUCUCUCAGAACAUCUAGCUCAUUACAUGAUACCGGCCCUUUGGGUAGAAUUAGACAGUUUACCUACCCACGAGGUAUCAGGAAAAGUCGAUCUCAAACGUCUGCCUUCGCCAACUAGGUCACGGAGUCCUAAAGCAUCAUUGGGACCCGGUCAAAAUGGUGAUCAUAACCAGAAGAUUACUAUCGAGGAUAUAGCAAAGAUGUGGGCCGCAGCCCUUAAUAUCCCCUACAAAUCUGUAAUGACACAAGAGCACGACUUUUUCGAUUUGGGUGGUCAUUCCUUAGCACUUGUCGACCUCGUGACGAAGCUGACAGGUGCUUACGGUUUCCCGGUGCCUCUUGGUCGCCUUGCUGGAAACCCGACGCUUAAGGGGCAUCUUGAGGUUGUUUGUCAGGCGCGAGAUGGACAUACCGCAGCCGUCCAAGCUGAUCUACCCGCUGUUCUACGUGCCGAUUCUAUUCUUCCACCAGAGAUAAAGCCUUCCCUGGUUAAGAUGCAACGCCUGAGUGAUGCAGAUACAGUUUUACUGACUGGGACAACUGGGUUCUUAGGAGCUUUCUUGCUUAGCACUAUCCUAGAAAAUACAUCUGCAAAGAUCAUAUGUCUUGUUAGAUUUGUGGAUCUAGGGAACGGAAACUACUCUGCUGGACUCGCCCGGAUUCGAAAGAAUCUCCUCGAUCUAGGUCUUUGGGAUGACUCGAUUCUGGAUCGUAUUGAAGUUCUACCGGCAAACUUGGCUCGGAAGCGGUUUGGUCUCUCCCCCGAAAGCUUCGAGGAAUUGGCUGCUCGCGUGCAGGUCAUUAUCCACUCUGCUGCUACGGUUAAUCUUGUUUACCCUUACGCCGCUAUGCAGGGAGCCAACGUCUUCGGAACGAGAGAGAUUCUGCGCCUGGCAAGCAAGAGCGGCGCAACUGUACACCAUAUCUCUACGAAUGGUGUGCUACCGCCUUCGGUUGAAGGAUGGUCUGAGGAUGUUAUGCUGGACGUAGAUGAAGUGCCGGAGAAAUUGCUUGAUGGAUAUGGUCAAACGAAGUGGGUGGCGGAACAACUUGUUCUUGAGGCUGCCAGACGUGGGUUGCCGGCGAGGAUAUACCGACCAGGAACCAUCAGCGGUCACAGCACGUCCGGCUCUACAAAUACUUACGAUCUUCUGAACGCGUUAAUUGUGGAGUCGCUUCAACUAGGACAUGCUCCAGACAUUGAGGGCUGGUAUGCGGAAAUGACUCCAGUCGAUUUCGUCAGUAAAGCCAUCACUUCUCUUGCCGAUGUUGUGGACACAGACCAACGUGUAUUCCAUUUGGGUGACCCGUCCCCAGUACCUACAAAAGAAAUAUUCGGCAUACUUGAUCAACUGGGGUACCCGACGAAGACACUUGGAUGGGACGAAUGGGUUUCUCUAUGGGAUGAGCAGAGAGGGUCUAGCAAGGGAGAUAACAUCUUUACUGUUGACAUCCUUCGCCGCGGCAUGCCUACCGUCGACUUUUUGAAAUGGGUCACUGUCCUAAAGGAUCCUGCGACGGAACCCGUUCUUCUUAAGACCGGUCUCCAACGCCCCAAAAUCGAUAGUAAAUUAUUUGAGACAUAUACCCGUCAUUUCUGCGCGCGGGGUUGGCUACCGCGUCCGCCACGACGCAGCCACAUCAACGGAGUCGCGAAACUCUCGAACCGAGGCCCGCUUGCUGGAAAAGUUGCAGUUGUUACAGGAGCGUCAUCGGGUAUCGGAGCUGCUGUCGCCGCCGCUCUGGCGAGAGAAGGCGCACACGUAGCAAUCGCCGCACGUCGCACCGAAGCCCUCGAGACCCUCAAAAAUAAAAUCACCAGCUUCGGAAGUAAAGUCCUGGUUCACAAGACAGAUGUCACAGAUAAGAAACAAGUGGAAUCGCUCAUGCAGAAAGCGACGGAAGAGCUCGGGUCGAUCGAUAUUCUCGUCUGCUGCGCGGGUGUCAUGUACUACACCAUGAUGGCCAACGUGCACAUGGAUGAGUGGGAGCGCACCGUCGACGUCAACUGCAAAGGCCUGAUGUACUGUCUCGCGUCAACCGUUCCCGGCAUGCUGUCCCGCGGGUCCGGACAUAUCAUCGCUAUCUCGUCGGACGCCGGGCGCAAGGUGUUCCCUGGACUCGGGGUGUACUCCGCCAGCAAGUUUUUCGUCGAAGCUACGCUUCAAAGCCUGCGUCUCGAGACCGCUGGGUCGGGCCUGCGCGUCACGUCUGUUCAGCCGGGGAACACCGCCACGGACUUGUUGGGCAUAUCGACGGAUGCUGAGGCUAUCAAGAAAUACGGCGAGCCUACCGGUGCUAAGGUCCUCAGCCCUGAGGAGGUCGCGGGCGCGAUUGUCUACGCGGUUAAACAGCCGAGUCACGUCGCUGUGAACGAGGUGUUGAUCGAGCCAAGAGACGAGCCGAUCUAACGAGCAACAACAUGAAGAGAUGAGGUGGUGGGCAAUGCGCUGUGUCAAGUGCGAAUGAGUUCGGACGACAAGAG